GCUGGGUUAGGGUUGAUGAGUAGAGAGGUUUAUCAGAGUUUAAAUAAAAGAGUUCUACUUGAAGAGUUCCAGGUUUAUGUACCUAGUACAUGGACUCAAGAUCAUUGUACUCAAACUAUCCUAGAAUCCAGCCAGCUUCAGUACAGUACAAAGAUUACACCUGGAUCUGUUGGUUCCCAACCCUAUACUCAACAAAGACAAGGUUGCGGAGAACCAGGAGAUAAUAUAUUCAUACCUUACUCCUACCUUCUCCUCAACUCUACAGAGACAGGACGGAGAUUAGGAAAUCUCUGGUUCCGUCUUAGAUACGGAGUAUUCGGAGAUAUUGACUCCGACCUAGAUCUUGUAUCAAGACAAUAUUCUCAAUGUCUGGGUAAAACUGUCAAGGAUAUUAUUCUCCAACAUGAAGAUUUCUCUAAACCUAAACCUAUCUCCUAUCCUAACUUUACUACACCUCAGAUAAUCAUUAUGAAGAGAAUACAACCUAAGUUUAUUAUUCUCCUUGAGAACUCAGUUGAGAUGAACCAUCAAGAUUACUGGGAUUAUAUCAGAACAGCUUGUAAGAAGUUUAUACUCCAUGAUCUACCUGAAGAUACAGAACUUGGUCUUGUUCUAUUCAAUGAUGAUGCUCAUAUCUCCCAUCCUGUAGGUAGAUUAGGACCCAGAGUAAUCUCUUCAACCAGGAACGGUUUAGCGUUCUCAAUACGAACCAAGCAUAAUCUAUCACCUAGAACUGGAAGUUGUAUAAAAUGUGGAGUUAUGAAGGGAAUUGAAGCUUUACAGAUAUCUGGUACAUCAAGAGGAGGAGUUAUUAUUAUUAUUAGUCGUGGAGAUUCAUCAUCCUUUACAAUCCAGGAUGAGAUAGAAUUAAAUCAGGUUUCAUCAAAACAUCAACUUCAGAUAUUUACAAUCUCUAUUCCUCAACCCAGUGUAUCAGAGCUUUCAAUACCAUUGGAGAGAUUAUCUUAUACUACUGGAGCACAGAGUUAUCUGGUUUCAACUCAAUCUCAAGAAGAUAAACCUUCUCUAUCUGUUUAUAUGAACCUAGUAGAUUCUCUUAGAGAGAUAUUAUCAUCAGUUCUACCCUACUCAAGUCAACUGAUAUAUGAGCGAAGAUUUGAAGGAAGCAUGGAUAUGGAAAGAGAAGAAAAGGAUAGUUUUAUUAUUGAUAAAAGUGUAGGUGUAAAUACACAGUUUAAUGUAUAUUUCCCAGAAAUAACUGAAAGUUAUAUUAAAUCCUUGAGUUUAUCUGAUACAAGAAGAACAAGAUAUUCAACAUUAAUGGAUACCACAGCUGGUUUACAUUAUUAUACUAUAUAUAAUGUACCCUGGGAUAUACCUGAGAAUAUUGGUAUGAGAUGGAAUUAUAGUUUAGUGAGAAUACCAUCUCCUAUACUACAAUGUAGUCAUGUGAUACAAGUUACAUCUAGUUCAUCUUCAAACCAUGAUAAACUAGAUAUAAAGAUAUCUAGUAACAAGGAUAAGUUUAAUGCUAGUGUAACACCAGAUACUCCUGUUAUACUAUACACAGAACUACGGUACAACCAGAAACCUGUUCAUAAUGCUAGGAUUGAAGCAAAGAUUGAAGGAAUAAACAGAGCUGGAUUAUCCAUACCUCCAACCAAUAUAAUUCUUGUAGAUCCAGGUUCAGGGGAUCCUGAUAUUUAUCCAGGAGACGGAGUUUACUCCAGGUAUCUUACAAGUAUACAGGAGGAGGGUAGAUACACUGUAUCCGUCCAUGUAUCCAGUACUCCUAGUUCUCCAGCCUACCUGGAGUCAGGUUCAGGUCAAGAGGAACUCGGUGAGUUCUCAAGAAUAUUCUCCGGGUAUAUAUUUCAUAUAUCAAGUGUACAGAGAAGUACUGUGGAUAUUUCUCCUCCGUCAAGAAUAUUAGAUCUAACUGUUCAGGUUUUAUCAUCUCAAGGAGAAUUUGAGUUUAAAUGGACAGCUCCUGGAGAUAAUUAUGAUGAUGGUAAACCUACUUCUUAUAAACUCUUCUAUACUCAGGAUCCAAACAGUUUUUAUAAAUAUUCUCAACCUGGAUCUGAGCUUCAUCUUGUUCAGGGAUUUAGUGGUUCUAAACCUAGUGGAGAAAAUGAAUCCCAUCGUAUUCUAGUUCAGGAUUAUAAUAUUAACCUAUACUACUGUAUACUGGGGGUAGAUAAUCAAGGUAAUACAGGAGAAAUAUCUAAUAUUGUUGUAGCAUACAUGCCUCAACCCUAUUCUCCACUUCUACACUCAGGACAAUCAUUGAGAGAGCAGGGUCAGCUCAGAGAAGGUUUGUUCAAUCCGUUCCAGGUGAUCAAGGAACCCAACAAGAUUAUCAUGUAUGCUGUUGUUGGAGUUGUAACUGUUGUAGUUUUUACAUUUCUUGUUGUUAUGUUAAUCCUAGUUGUGAGCAGGAAACUAAAUAGAAGAGAAGAUGAACCAGAACCUUUAGAUCCAGGAUUCAAGGAUAAUGAUCUUGUCAGAUUCUCAAGUAUAGAUCUUAACAUACACGGAGAUACAAAACCUUCUCAGUUCAUUACUGACAAAACCCUGAGUCCUUACAGUGAAGUUGAACCAAGUUUUUGCUCCGCUGAUAAACUGUUUCCUUGUAAUACAGGUUCUUUUAACAAUCAUAACUACAACCAACCUCACAACCACAACCUCAAUACCUUUGUAGACACAUACUCCGAGCACAACAGUGAUCAGUUUAAAUCUCCUAUUUACUCUAAACCUAUUCCUAAGUACCAGCGGAGCAGGACGGAAUCGGAGCAGAGUCCGAUCAAAUCUAUCCUCAAGAAGUCAAGAGAGGAUGGAGACGGAGACUCAGAUCCAUCAAGGGAUUGGGAUUCAGAAACAUGUAAUUUUAAUUCUUUUAGUCGGAGAGAGAUUAAACCGAACCCUCUUCUAACCCUAGAUGUUACCCAGCACACUACAGCUGCAGAUACAUGUAGAAACCUUGAUGUCGUCUCAGAUAGUUCUUUUAAGAUAAGAAACUGUACUCAGGUAUAGCAGACAGGGUGUCCAGGAACCACACGGUUCUAGGUUUCCUGAGACACCCAGUUAUAUAAAUAUUGUCAGCCCUGAAACCGAGGUUAAUUGUUCUUUAGCAGAUACUAAACACUAAACAGUGCAGUAAAGAAGUUAAAUAGUUUAUCUGAUAGUUUACUACCAGCAGUUAACAUUCAACAGAGGAGCUUGCUCACAAAGUGAAACUUCAAGUGAUGUCUUCAGACUUAAAGUAGACAAUUUAAAGGGAAUAAAAUUCAAAUUUUGAAACCUGAUCUCACAAUUCAAGAACCAAAUGUCGAGCUUUACUUUUUUAUAAUUUCUUUAAAUCGUAAGGUAUCACCCCCCCCCCCUCCCCCUCCUUUAGAACAUAUAAACCAGUGUCGUAUCUAUGUAUAAAAAUCAUAAAUGUUUAAUUGCUUUUCUUAUAUAUAAUCGUAGAAACUAUGAACUUGUUGAUUCGAAACCUGGACCGUUUAUUACAAAUUUUCAUCUCUUUAUUAUAAUUUGAAAUAUCAAAAAUACAAGUAAUAUGUUCUU